CAAGAUCUCCAAGGAGGAGAGAAAUCCAAGAACCAAAGUAGGUCAUCGCCGCCUGCCGCCGCCAACCAGGCCAGCCAUGGACUGCCAGUACCAGCCGAAGCGAAUCACAACAAGGAGCGACGGUGAGACGGACCAGCGGGCGAACGACGACCUGGCGUGGUUGCUGCCCGACGACGUCCUCGCGGACAUCCUCCGCCGUCUCGCCCCACGCUGGCUCGCAGCCUUCCGCUGUGUCUGCAAGGCCUGGCGCGAUGCCGUCGACGCGCGCCAUCUCCUGCGCGCCGACCUGCUCCCGCUUUGGCUGGACGGCAUCAUCGUCGACUUCGGCAGCCACGAGUACUCCCCAGAAUUCUUCACGCGACCCCGGCUCCCGGCCAGUGGCAAGCUCGAAAACCUGACCACCAUGGCUGUCAGAGAUCACUGCAACGGGCUCCUUCUGUCCUUCGACACGUACGACCACCACGGCUACGUCUCUAAUCCCGCCACAGGUUGGAAGGUGCGCCUGCCCCCAUGCCCGUAUGCGCGCUUGUGGACGGAGGCAGCCUAUUUCCACCACUACAUCGUGUUUGAUCCUACUGUAUCAACCCACUAUGAAGUGUUCAAAAUUCCCCAUAUCGGAGGAUCGGAGCAUGAGCGUGACCCCCUACCGGAUAAAUCAGAAUGGCCACCGUCUCAGUUCGUCAUGCAUGUCUUCUCAUCAGUAACGGGAACUUGGGAGGAGAAGACUUUUAGUCGCGAAGGGGAAGCUGCAGGAACCGUCGCCAAUUUACGAUCUAUGAUGGAGCAACAAGAUGUGUAUGUAAAUUUCACAGGGACCGUCUACUGGCGAGGAGCACUUUAUGUACAUUACGCAUCAGAUUUCGUAUUGAGAAUAUGCUCGUCUAGUAGCAAAUACAGAGUAAUUGAAACGCCAUUGCAUAUUGGCGUGAACGAAUAUCGAGAGCUUUAUCUAGCAAGAUCGGAGAAGGGUGUAUACUUCGCGUCAAUCUGUGAUCUACAGAUUCGGAUUUGGAUACUUAACGAAUCAUCUCGUCAUUUGGUGUGGGUGUUGAAGCAUGAUAACAACCUUGAGCAUGUGCUCCCCCGUCAUUACAACAAUCUUAGGCAAAUUGAUGAACCGUGGGGCUUACAAGCUGUGAAAGGUCGUCAUCCGAGUGGUCAAGAUAUUUUACAUGACAACCGUGAGGCACCAUCUGAGGAGAAAUUUGGUCGGAAUAAUUGCCCACUGCGUAAAGAUAAUUUUGAAUGGGAUUCUAAUGGUGACGAUGUCCCUAUCCCUGGCGACACAUACGUGCUCAGAGCUGGCGACGUUGAUAUACUCGGAUUUCAUCCAAACAAAGAGAUUGUUUUCUUGAGUCAAUCGUCGGACUUAAAGCUUGGACUGGCCUAUCACUUGAGUAGCUCGAGGGUUCAAGUCUUAGGCAGUUUAUCCCCACCAAAUGGUGUUUUUCUCGAGGUUGAAUAUGACAAGGAAAUCGACAUCUCUUUACCGUACACGCCCUGCUGGAUUGAGGAGCUUCCUGGAAACAUCUCGUCGGAGUAGUUUAGAAAUUAAACUCAAACAUUAGCAUAGUGCUGGCAACAAAACUAUUUCAGUUUAUAG